AUGUCUGAAUUGUCGGGUGGUCUGUGGAGGAACCUGAUUGCCAUCCAGAUAUACGGCGCCAACACCGGCGUGGGGAAGACGGUCGCUUCCACAUUGUUGGGAGCACACUUUGCCAAUAGGAAGAAGUCGACAAAGUACAACAUUCAUUACAUCAAGCCUGUAUCUACGGGGCCGAACAGUGAUCGAGAUGAUAACUAUGUGAAGCUGUACGCGAGACAGCCGACUGUGUCGACGCUCUUCCAAUUCGAUGAUCCUGUGAGCCCGCAUGUUGCGGCGAGGAGGUUCGGUCAUGUGCCCACUGAUGGUGCCGUUCUGGCACGGCUGAACGCCGAACUCGACAAGAUUGCCCAUGCAACCCCCAAGCAACAAGGUUUCAAGGACAUAACGUUCGUCGAAACCGCAGGCGGAGUCCUGAGCCCUGGACCGUCUGGAACUCCCCAGGCCGAUAUAUACCGACCCCUUCGACUGCCCGUUGUCCUCAUCGGCGACCAUCGACUGGGAGGCAUCGCGUCCACGAUAUCAGCAGCCGAAUCGCUCCUGAUGCGAGGCUACGACAUCGACGCCGUAGUCUGCUUCAACGACGACUCGACAUUCGAAAACGCACAGUACCUCCAGCAAUACUUCGACAAACUCGGCGUCGGCGCGUUCCAACUCCCCUGGAUCCCCAAGCUCGAGGGCGUCUCGCGCGAGGAAGAGACGCACAAGAUGAAGCAGUACUACGACACGAACAGCAGACAAGAAGGCGCCUCCCUUCUCGGCGACCGCAUCAUCAACCGCCACAUGGACCGUCUGAAGAACAUGAGCACCAUGGCCAGCCGCACGCAAAGCGCAGUGUGGCACCCUUUCACGCAGCACAAGCACAUCGAGAAGGCGGAUGAUAUUUUAGUCUUCGACUCUGCGUAUGGUGAUUUCUUCCAAGCAAAGCAUACCGCGAAGUCCGAUGGAUCUCUCUUGUACCCGGCCUUCGACGGCUCUGCGUCGUGGUGGACGCAAGGUUUGGGACAUGGAAAUCCGCAAUUGUCUCUCGCGGCUGCGUAUGCUGCUGGGAGAUACGGACACGUCAUGUUUGCUGGCGCCACCCACGAGCCCGCUCUGACUCUCGCGGAACGCCUGUUGAAAGACAUUGGAAAUCCCCGCUUAACAAAGGUCUUCUACACUGACAACGGAAGCACCGCACUCGAGGUCGGCAUCAAGAUGGGCCUGAGGGCAGCAUGUAAGAGAUAUGACUGGGACGGAUCGCAGGAGAACAUCGGCGUCCUGGGGUUGAAGGGUAGCUACCACGGGGACACGAUCGGUGCCAUGGACGCCUCCGAGCCAUGCGUGUAUAACAAGAAGGUCGACUGGUACCGGGGCCGCGGAUACUGGUUUGAUUUCCCGACUGUCAAGAUGACCCAGGGACGAUGGGUUGUCGAGCCGCCAGCAGGAAUGGAGAACGAUUUUGGAUCGGCGCAGAGCUUCGACUCGCUCGAUGAAGUCUUCGAUUUCCAGUCGAGGACAUCGCGGCAGAAGUAUGAGCAAUACAUCACCAGCGUACUAGACGAUCUGGUCGGAACCCAAGGAAGGAAGUUCGGUACCCUCCUCAUGGAGCCCAUCAUCCUCGGCGCCGGAGGCAUGCUCUUCGUGGACCCCCUCUUCCAGCGCACUCUCGUAGAUGUAGUCCGCAAGUACACCUUCUCCCCCACCUCCUCCCCCAUCCCAGAAGACCAAGCCACAUGGACCGGCCUCCCCGUCGUUUUCGACGAGGUAUUCACCGGCCUGUACCGCCUGGGCCGCUACACCGCGGCGUCCUUCCUCGACGUCCACCCGGACAUCACAUGCAACGCUAAACUCCUGACCGGCGGGUUGCUUCCCCUCAGCGUCACCGUCGCGAGCAGUUCUAUCUUCGAGGCGUUCUGGGGAGACGAGAAGUCGGAUGCGCUGUUGCAUGGUCAUAGUUACACGGCGCAUGCGAUUGGGUGCCAUGUCGCUAAUACGAGUCUGAGCGAGAUGGAUAAUCUGCAUCGGGGUGCUGAGUGGCGGGCUUAUAAGGAGGCGUGGGGAAGGGAGGCGGGAGUUGAGCGUGACGGACGAGUGAAUUCUGGGAGCGAGCGUGAGGCGGCGUCCUGGAGUAUGUGGUCGAAGGACACUGUGACGGAGCUUUCGAACCAUGCUCGUGUGGAGGGUGUUAUUGCGCUGGGGUCGGUGCUCGCUGUCACGUUGAAGGAUCUGGCUGGUUCUGGUUAUACAUCGACGGCUGCGUUGUCGCUUCGCGAUGAUCUUUUGAGUGGAGGCGACGAGGACAUCAGGAUCCACUCUCGGGUAUUGGGUAAUGUGUUGUAUUUGAUGGCAAGUAUGACGAGCAAACGAGACGAUUUGAGAGCUAUCGAGAAGGUGUUGCUCAGGAAGCUUGAUGAGGUCUCAUGA